AUGCACAAGUACUCGUUGAAGGCUGCGACCGUUGCAGCAGUGUCAUUCCCCUUUUCGGUCGGCGCCCAGGGCCUUGGGCGCUUCCAAAAGUUCAAUACCUCGGAUGCGAUCGUUCCUGUGUUGGAGGUACAAAAGUUUGGCCCGACGGAGGGCGGAUUCUUGUUCCUCAACACGCAAACCAACACUAGCACCGUCCCUGCCAUCUUCACGGAUGAUGGCUCGUUGGUCUGGUGUGACGAUCAAUUCGAGCACAGCACCAGCGUCUGGCCCAUCGGGCCUCUACGGCCACAAAAGGUUCGCAAUCAGACUCUCCUCUUCAAUUGGGUCGGACCCGUCUACAAUGAAGGACUCGGUUGGGGAACCAUCCAGGUUUUUGACGAUAGCUACACCAACAUCUACAACGUGACCUUGGAGGAGAGCUUUCAGAUCUUUGAUCACAUCAAACAUUCGUCGUACAUGGAUUUCCAUGAGAGUGAGGUCACGGACAAUCAGACAAUAUUAGUGACGGCGGUCAACAUCACCACGGCAGACAUGACGGCCGUCGGUGGCCCCGGCGAUGGAUAUGUCAUAGACAGUCAAUUCUACGAGAUCGAGAUCCCUUCCAACAAGGUCGUUUUUCGGUGGAGCAGUGUCGAGCACGUCGACCAGAUCCCGCUUAAUCACAGCCUUCUUCCACUUGAGAGUCUCAUCUCUGGCAACGGGACGUCGUUCGAACAUCCGUGGGGCUACUUCCAUAUCAACUCGGUGAAAAAGUAUGGGAACGACUACCUGAUUUCCUCCCGGCUACUGUGCAGUCUCUUCUACAUUGACGCCGGAGGCAAUGUUCUCUGGACCCUUUCUGGACAGAAUGGUGGCGACUUCAGACUCGGCGAAAACACUCGUUUCUGCUACCAGCACGAUGCCCGAAUCGCUUAUCAAGACGCCGACAGAAUGACCAUCACCCUGCAUGACAAUGGAGAUACGGAGUACGACAACAAUACCCUGACACGGGGGUUGUCGUUGGAUCUCGACAUGUCUACCAAGCUGGUCACGGUGAAUCGGUCCUUGUCAAACCCGACCGGCCCAGUGUUUGCAGUCUCUCAAGGGAGCUAUCAGGAUUUAUCCGACGGACAUGUCCUGCUGGGCCACGGUGCUGUGCCAGUUGUCGAGGAGUAUGAUGCGGAUGGCAACAUUGCAAUGCUGAUCACUUUUGGUACAUACUACCUGCAGCAGUCCUACCGAGCCUAUCGCUACCCUUGGACGGGAAGACCUGCGACUCCCCCAAGAGUGGUCGCUUUCGAGGGCGAGGGUACGGAUGUGUACAUGAGUUGGAAUGGCGCCACCGACCUCGCCGAAUGGUCUGUGUAUUGCGGCCAGCCGAAUGGUGGAGGAUUUUCGAAACAGGCUACUGUGCGGUGGGCUGGAUUCGAAACCGCCGUCAACAUCCCACAGAAAUGCCAGUCAGUGCAGGCGGAAGCCGUGACUACCAGCGGGCAACGGACGAACUCUUCUAUCGUCACAGUAGGCAAGUUUGGCUUGUGA